AUGUUUCGAUCCAGCCUUAGGCGCUGUGCCACUCAGGCCAGGUCCGCCGCUACAGCUGCCCUCCUCACACAGACUCGAGCCGCAUUGCCUGUCGUCCGCCGUCAGGUUUUGACAAAUCAGUCUUCUAUCGCUGUCAUCAGCCGAAUUGCUUCCAUCACACGGGCGUACAGCACCGAGGCUGUCGCUGAGCAGAAUGAGCCUGCCCCUUCAGCUGAAGCUGAGCCUGAAGUUCGCUUCUCCGAGCUCAAGGGCAUUCACCCCAACCUUCUCAAGACCAUCAUCGACGACAUGAAAUACGAUACCAUGACACCCGUCCAGGCCAAGACUAUCAAGCCUGCUCUCAAGGGCACCGAUAUCGUCGCUCAAGCCAAGACUGGUACCGGAAAGACUAUUGCAUUCCUUCUUCCUCUCCUGCAAAGAAUGAUUGAGGAAGAUAGCACACUCGCCGACAGAAAUGCUAGACGUCAAGCCCGAUCUGAUGAUAUCCGUGGAGUUAUUCUUUCUCCCACCCGAGAGUUGGCCGAGCAAAUCGCCGUUGAGGCUCGCAGAUUGGUUGCACACACUGGUCUCGUCGUCCAAUGUGCCGUUGGUGGCACUGACAAGCGCGGCAUGCUUAACCAGACUCGACGACAGGGCUGCCAUCUUCUUGUCGCUACUCCCGGUCGUCUGAACGAUCUUCUCCAGGAUCCCAACAGCGGCAUUGAUGCUCCCAAUCUGGCUGCUCUGGUCUUGGAUGAGGCCGACCGAAUGCUCGAUGUCGGCUUCGAAAGAGAGCUCAACGAAAUCAUCCAGUGCCUUCCCCGACCUGAAGAAAAGGUCCGCCAGACCAUGCUCGUUUCUGCCACAAUUCCCGACAGUGUCAUCCGCCUGGCUCGCAACAUGGUCAGGGCCAACGACUUCGAGUUUGUCCAAACCAUCCCCGAGAACGAGUCCCUUACCCACGACAAGGUUCCUCAGCAUAUCGUCCCCGUCUCUGGCUGGACUCAGGUGUUCCCCUCACUUUUUGAGCUUCUGGAGCGUGAAGCCGCAAAGAUCAAGGAAACCCCUGGUGCCAUGCCCUUGAAGGCUAUUGUCUACUUCAAUACCACCGCUUUGGUCGAGUUAGCUGGCGAGCUGUUUUUCCAGCAUCGCCAGAAUGCCAAAAACGACGGCAGCCCUUAUUUCUCUUCCUACGUUCUCCAGUCAAAGCUGACUCAACAACAACGCCAGAAAGCUGCUGAUAGAUUCCGCGAGGCCAGAUCCGGUGUCCUUCUUUCUUCUGAUGUCACGGCCAGAGGAAUGGAUUUCCCUAAUGUGACACACGUUAUCCAGGUCGAUACUCCCCGGGAUCGUGAGUCUUAUAUUCACCGUCUUGGACGAACUGGCCGACAGAACAAGGAGGGCCAAGGUUGGUUGAUCAUUCCCAGCUCUUCCGUCCGUAACGCUCGAAAGAUGCUUCAAGGUCUCCCCAUUCAGCAGAACAGCUCUCUCGACAGCGCUGAGACCGACGUGGCAAGCGGCGAGUCUACUCCUCAUCACGAGAGCACCAAGGCUCUUUUAGGCACUAUGCCUCGUUCAGUUCUCGCUUCAGCCUAUACCUCCCUGUUCGGCAUGGCCAGUGAUAAGGCGCAGAUGGCCGAAGAGGUUAACGAAUGGACACGUCAUGGCUGGGGAUGGGAAAACCCCCCAUCUGUUGCCCGUAUGUGGGUUCAGAAGAUGGGAUUAGGCGGUGUCCGAAGCAUGAAUAUUUCGGAGCCCGGCGAGCGAUUUGGUGAUCGUCCUGGUGGACGCUCCGGUGAUCGCUCCGGGGAUCGAUCCGGUGGAUUCUCACGCCGAGGAAGCAGCGACCCCUUCGAUUCUAUGGCCAGCAAUGCCCGCCGGGAUGACUUUGGACGUGGUGGCUCUGGCGGUUUUGGCCGCGGAGGCUCAAGCGGUGGUCGUUCAGGGGGCUUUGGCGGUAGCCGCUCAGGAGGUUAUGGUGGCAACCGUGGUGGCCGCGGCGACCGAAGUUCUGGUGGUGGCCGCUCAGGAGGUUAUGGCGGACGCUCUUCAUUCUAA